UUAAAACACCAAACUUCGACGGCAGGCGAUUUAAAAACUUUCCUCCUGGCUUUUUUAACGACACGUUCCUCGUGGAAACGUGUCUUUUCGUCCCCGUGAAAGCUAUUUAAAGUAGAAGAAGGUAAAUCUUGGCAGCUCCAAACCGUAGCCCCACGUCUGAACCAAUAGCAGGACGAACGAGACCGUUUGAGCCAAUGACAAAGUAGUUUGUGCGCGCACUCGUUCGGGCGACGACGACCAUGGACUGGAGUAGUGACCUACUCGGUGGUACAAACUUUUAGUGUUUUUCUGUCCUUUCGGGCAAAACGGAGGCAGCAGCUCUGAAGAGGAAUGGGGGAAAUAGAGGGUUCCUAUAGGGUCCUGCAGACCCCUGGAACAAGACUGGGAGCCCAGUUCAGUGCUGGUAUUAGCACCCUGGAGCCGGGCCAGAGUCUCAGUGGUAACGCGGUCAGCGGGAGUAAAAGCCAUGGGCGAGGCCUUCAGAUCCGUGUGCAGGGACUGGAUGACUCCCAGGAGUUCUUUGACAUCGAUCCCAAAGCUCUUGCACAGGUCCUCCUCUCUGUGGUUUUCCACAGAGGCAACCUCAUUGAGAGCGAUUACUUUGGCCUCGAGUUUCAGAACAUGCAGAUGAACUGGGUUUGGCUGGAACCCACCAAACCCAUUGCAAAACAAGUCAGACGACCGGCCAACACACUGUUUAGGCUGUCGGUGAAAUUCUUUCCUCCCGACCCCGGUCAGCUGCAGGAGGAGUACACCAGGUAUUUGUUCUCCUUGCAGAUGAAAAGAGAUCUGAUGGAGGGCAGGUUGAUCUGCACAGAGAAUACUGGAGCCCUGCUGGCUUCUCACCUUCUUCAGUCGGAGAUCGGUGACUAUGAUGAUGCAGCUGACAGAGACUUCCUGAGGAUAAACAAGCUGUUGCCUUACCAAGACAAAGUGCAAGAGAGAAUCAUGGAGUUCCACCGCAGACAUCUUAGUCAGACUCCUGCUGAAUCAGACUUCCAAAUCCUGGAGAUCGCCCGUAAACUGGAAAUGUACGGCGUCCGCUUCCAUCCAGCAGCUGACCGGGAGGGUACCAAGAUCAACCUGGCUGUCGCUCACAUGGGGCUUCAGGUUUUUCAGGGCAACACAAAGAUUAAUACAUUCAACUGGUCCAAGAUUCGCAAAUUGAGCUUCAAGAGAAAGCGUUUCCUGAUCAAACUCCACCCAGAGGUCCAUGGCCCUCAUCAAGAUACCCUUGAAUUUAUGAUGGCCAGUCGAGACCAGUGUAAAAUCUUUUGGAAGGUCUGUGUGGAAUAUCACUCAUUUUUCCGUUUGUUUGAUCAACCGCAACCCAAAUCCAAAGCAAUCCUCUUCACCAGAGGUUCUUCCUUCAGAUACAGUGGAAGAACUCAGAAGCAACUUGUGGAAUAUGUCAGGGAAAAUGGAGCAAAGAGGACACCCUAUCAGAGGAGGAACAGUAAAAUAAGAAUGUCUGCUCGCUCCUUUACGUCAGAUGUGCCAAAACCGAGUUUGUCAUUCAAUGACAGUUUUAGGGCUCCAGUCUCUCCUUCCUCCUCUGUGUCCUUCCACCCAGUUCACAUGUCCAGCAUUCUUCCGCGAACAGAGCUGCAACCUCAGCCCCAACCUUUGUCCACAAUGAGCCUGUCUCCAGCUCCUCCCCAACAGCAGCAGCAGCUUCAGUCCCUUCUGCAAGCUACUAGACCCCCCAGCCCUCCGAAGGAAGAUCCUGUCAAGGCUGCUCCCCCAUCAAUCUUCUCUUUUCAAGAUUCAGUAGUGGACGGUCUUCAGAUGUCGCCUUUCAUCUCGAAGGAUCCUCUCUGCCUGUCGCCCUCCUUCCAGAUGUCCAGCCUCAGCCUGCCCAGUCAGGCCCCGUCGCCCCUGCAAAGCCCCAUCCUGAGCGAGGUGGGCAGCAAUGCCAAACUAGAGGAGGAUGAGGAGGGCAGGAGGAAGCGAUAUCCCACCGACAAGGCCUACUUCAUUGCCAAAGAGAUUCUGACCACAGAACGAACGUACCUGAAAGACCUGGAGGUCAUCACCGUGUGGUUCCGCAGUGCUGUGAUCAAAGAAAACGCCAUGCCAGAGGGCCUUAUGACCCUCCUCUUCUCCAACAUCGACCCCAUCUACGAGUUCCACCGAGGCUUCCUGAAGGAGCUGGACCAGAGGCUGGCUCUCUGGGAGGGGCGCUCAAACGCUCACGCUAAGGGUGAUUACCAGAGGAUCGGUGAUGUGAUGCUGAAGAACAUGUCUGCUCUGAAGGAAUUUACCAGUUAUCUGCAGAAACAUGAUGAGGUGUUAACAGAGCUGGAAAAAGCCUCCAAGAGGCUGAAGAAGUUGGAGACAGUCUACAAAGAGUUUGAACUGCAGAAGGUGUGCUACCUGCCUCUCAACACAUUCCUGCUCAAGCCCAUCCAGCGCCUCAUGCACUACAAGCUCAUCCUGGAGAGACUGUGCAAGCAUUACUCCCCAGCCCACCGUGAUUAUGACGACUGCAAAGAGGCCCUGAAGGAAGUAGCAGAGAUAGCCACUCAGCUUCAGAGCAGUCUUAUCCGACUGGAGAAUUUCCAGAAGCUGACUGAGCUGCAGAGAGACCUGAUCGGGAUCGAGAACUUGACUGCACCAGGCAGAGAAUUCAUCCGAGAGGGCUGUCUGUACAAGCUCACCAAGAAAGGGCUGCAGCAAAGAAUGUUUUUCCUGUUUUCAGAUAUGCUUCUCUACACAAGCAAAGGCGUCACAGCAACCAAUCAGUUCAAAGUGCACGGACAGCUGCCCCUUCAUGGCAUGAUUGUUGAGGAAAGUGAAAACGAGUGGUCGGUCCCGCACUGUUUCACUAUUUACUCUGCUCAGAGAACCAUUGUAGUAGCUGCCAGCUCCAAAGUGGAGAUGGGCAAGUGGAUUGAUGACCUGAACAUGGCUAUUGACAUGGCCAAGAAGUCUCAGGAUAAAUCCAGCAUCUUCCUGGAUACUGGUCUGACUGAUCGCUCCAACCGAUCAUCUGAUGAGGUUUCUCUGGAGCAGGAGUCGGAGGAUGAUAUGAACUCCUCCCGCACUUCACUGGACAAGCAGACGCAUCACCGUGCCAACACAACCAUGCAUGUGUGCUGGCACCGCAACACCAGUGUGUCAAUGUCUGACCACAGCCUGGCUGUGGAGAACCAGCUGUCGGGGUACCUCCUGAGGAAGUUUAAGAACAGUAACGGCUGGCAGAAACUCUGGGUGGUGUUCACCAACUUCUGCUUGUUCUUCUACAAGACUCACCAGGACGACUUCCCGCUGGCUAGUCUCCCGCUGCUCGGCUACACGGUCAGCACCCCCGAGGAGUCGGACAGCAUCCACAAAGAGUACGUCUUCAAGCUGCAGUUCAAGUCCCAUGUUUACUUCUUCAGAGCAGAGAGCGAGUACACCUUUGACAGAUGGAUGGAGGUGAUCAAGAGUGCUGCGAGCACUGCAGGCCGGAUGAGCCUGCUCAUACCUAAAGGUGGUCCCAUCGAGAUCAACGGAAACUGAAUGAGAUGUUCUGUAUCUGGAGGCUGGGCCUCCGGAAAUCAUUUGACAAUUAACAGCUGGAGACGAGUGAUGCUGCCAGAUGUGUUAAUGUCUAUAAGCUUCCUUCUAAUUGUUGGUGCAUUUUUUUUCAGUAGUGAUAUAAAUGAUAACAGUUGUUUCCAUGUAAGGGGAUGCAAUGAAAGGGAGAUAUGUACAUUAUCAGACAUUUUGUUUGUAUUUUUGCAUGUGUAGUUCUGUUUGGUUGUUCACAUAGACUGAUGGGAAAUACAGUUUUAUGGGACCAACAAAGGGCUUAAUUUCAGGCUUUUUCUAAGGACUGAAGCACACCAUGACUGAAGCUUAUCCAGGUACAUUAUUGGGAUACAGAUGAGAUGCCGUAUGUGGGACAUGAAGGUACAGCUGGUACAUGCUCUGCUCAUCGUUAUUUGAAGGAGUUGAGAGAUGUGUUUGUGCGAUGGAGCCGAGCAGAAAGUUGAUGAAAUGUUUGGCUAUGUUGGAGACUUGAGGUUGGGAGGUCCUGUGGGAUUCAUGCUGCUGUUCUGACAAGUUUCUGUGAUUUUAAACUGCUGGCGAGAAUGGGAUUUAUUUCCACACCUGACACCACUCCAGUUUGAGGGUUUCUCUUCACUGAAGUAUGCAACCAGUGUUUCAGAAGCUCAAAUGAGACGUUCUGCUUGAUACACCUGAUUACUUGGGUAUAAUUAUGGCCAGUUUGGUGACAUAUUUCUCUUAAUAUCAAUUGUAAUCAAAUAUAUCCUGUUUAAUUUUACAUAAGGAUCUCAGCUUGAGGAUAUACUGUGGAGUGCUUUUCAGUUAUUCCUCAAACAGAACUGAAGAACAUAUUUUGAAGUAUUUUUGUGGUGUUUUCUUGUAUCAGACUGUUUAAGAUACAUGGGAGCUGACUCUGUGACGGUACAAGUGAGAUAAUUUACAUUAAAUCAUGUUAUUUGGUAUAUAUUUUCUAUAAAGACUGGAAUCUUUAUCCUUUGUGUGUUUGUGUAUGUGUGAAGACCACAACCAUACAGUCCUGCCUGCACCCCCCUCCUCUGGAGCUUUAAGCGCGAGUGAUGAUGGAGGCCUUUUUUCCAAACCCUGAGACGUUGUGGUCUGCUGCGGUUAAAAUCCCGCAUGUUAUUUCUAUUUAUUGUGUAGUGUCAACAAACCCAUGCUCCCGAAUCCCAUCAUGUAUGCUUCAUGUUAGUACAUUGACAACCUAACAAAUAAACUGAAUUUGACUAA